CAUGCCUGUCGCUCUUAGUUGAUCCUUUGAUUUCCAUUAGUGCCCCGAAGGUGUCUCUCUCUCUUUCCUGGGAUUCGGCCCUGGCAGUUGGCUGCAGGUCUCCCUCGUCCCUCAGAGGACACGGGCUGGACUUAGCUCUCCUUUCCCCGCCCCCAGGCCGCGACGCUGCUUCUCCUUCACUCGGCUGCCGGGCCGAGCCUGGGAAGGUGGGUGUGUGCCAGGGAAGAGAAAGAAGCCCCUCGGUCUCCUGGCUGCCUGUGCCCUACCCCCACCCCCCACUCCCUACCUUUGAGCUCUGCGGCUCUGCUUCUGGCCGACCCUGGACUGUCAGUGCGUCUGUCCGCCGGAGGAGAUGCGGCAACACCGACGGCUGAGCGCUCAAGUUUUACGGAAUAGCCAGAGUUUGAUGGAGAAUCGUGCGGAUGACAGCGGGAACAGUUGUAAUCACCGGCGGAAUCCUAGCAACUGUGAUCUUACUCUGUAUCAUUGCUGUCCUGUGCUACUGUCGGCUCCAGUACUACUGCUGUAAGAAAGAUGACUCUGAUGAUGAGGAAGAGGAAGAAGGACAUGAUCUUUCUGCACCAUCAAGAUUUUCCACUUGCAAUUCCUGCAACUCCCAAGUCCUGGAUGGACAAGGUGACCUGGCUGCACUGCCCAGUGAGCCCUCUGACCAGCAUCGAGGUGCUCAGAGCCACUGCCCCAGUUGUGCCCCCUACAGCUCCCCCUUUUACAUACGGACAGCUGACAUGGUCCCCAAUGGUGGGGAGAGGCUCACCUACACUCCCACUUGCUACAAGGAGUUGGGGCCCCCACCCCUCAAAAUGUCAUCGCUCCAGAGUUUCCCGGUGACCCGACCAGGCCUUGGACGUGAGGCCUUUACCAAUCCAAGGGCUAUCAGUACAGAAGUCUAACCCUUCCCACCCACCACCCCCUGCUGUCCCAUUUGGAGCAAAGCAGGGCAGUGAGAAGCCCCUGCCCCAUGGACGGUCUGUUUUCAUAGGUUUUCUUGCUACAAAAUAUAGGGUUCUCUGGGAUGUGUUAAUGGGUGACAAGGGAAUGAAUGUGAUAUUGAUACUCAGGUAUCUGACUACUGAAAGGACGUUGCAGCAGGAAGAGAGAGGGGGGAAGGGAGACCCCUUCACCUGAUGAAAAAAUUUUGCAGCUCACUACAACUUUAACUACAAAGCCAUUGGUUGUAGCAACCAAUGGGGUUUCUUCACCAGAGAUAUGUGCAAAACAAAUAUACCCAUGGCUACCCCCAUCUCUCACUAAGACUUUGUAGAAUCCAGCAUAAGGGCAUACCCAGGUAAGCCGUGCUAAGGGUCUGGAGUCCUCAACUGAGUCCUUAUUAGAAGAAUUGAGCAAACUCAGAAGAUGGAGGCUAAGAAAUUCUGGGACCUUGG